AUGGAUGAAAAACCACAACACUGGGGGCCGAAAACAUCCGUGCACGCCGAACCCCUCCCCACGGGCCGAUUUUCCCUGAUCGGUAAGCGCAAAGAUCAGCGGGAGUAUGUGCCCUGCCCUGAUGUAAUCGCGCAAGCGACAAUACGAAACAGGGAUCGGAAAUUCACAAUGUUGGCAGCACAGUACCUGCUGAAGCAGCAAGCAAAAAGACCGUUGACUCAGUGCUGCAAAGUAAUGGUGAACUUUUUGAAGAGUGUUCAUGUAUGUAAUGAAAGUUUUUUUUGGCAAGGGCUUUUACUUGAGGAAACUUCACCAAUUGAUGCAGUAAACAUACGUUCGUUAAUGUCCCAACAGUACUCGCAGUACCAGCAAAACUACCAGCCUUACCAGAGCUACCCGUCGUAUCAGCAGGGCGUAAUGCCUUCUGGUCCAGUGGCACAUAAUUACACCUUCCAGCCGUACCAGACCGCCGCCGCACCUAGCGGAGAUUCCGCUGCGGCGCAGGGGGCAUCGCAGCCCGGAGCAGUCGCCGCGCCGGCAGGCGAGGCUCAGUCUUACCAGUACUAUCCAACGGCGCAUUCCCACUAUUCGCAAUACUCCUAUCCUCCCCAGCCUCCUGCCCAGUCCCAACAACAACCCCUGCAGCCACAGCAGGUGGGCUACUACUACCCGCAGCCCCACCCUUCCACCUUCUAUCCAAGACAUGGACAGUAUCCUGGAUACGGGCAGUCAUACAAGGGUCACAUGCAGUAUGUUUAUAAUACUCCCGGCAGCGCGGCCACGUCUGAGACGCCCGUGCAACCUGCGGGAAUGAGGCCAAAGAUAACAACGACCAUGUGGGAGGACGAGAAAACCCUGUGCUACCAGGUGGCAGCCAAUGGCGUUGCCGUUGUAAGAAGAGCAGAUAACGACAUGAUUAACGGAACCAAGCUUUUGAACGUCGCCAAGAUGACCAGGGGCCGCAGAGAUGGCAUCCUGAAAGCCGAGAAGACGAGGCAGGUGGUCAAGAUUGGCUCAAUGCAUCUCAAGGGGGUGUGGAUUCCUUUUGAAAGAGCCCUUGCUAUGGCUCAGAGAGAAGGUAUCGUUGACCUCCUAUAUCCCUUGUUUGUCAAAGAUAUCAAAAAAGUGAUACAGCAGGGAACUCCGACGACCCAGAUGAGCAAGACUGCCUCGGUCCCGCCGUACUCGUACUACGUGCCUCAGCAAUAUGGCUCUUCGGAGCAGCUGAACGACGAAAAAAAGGCCAAACCGGCGGAGUCGGGGUAUGAGAAGCCCAAGGCCAAGUCUGACUACUUUUACGGGUACAAAUCCCAGCCUUCUGGAGGCAUGCACUACUCAAACUCGUAUGCGAACUACAAUUCGCAAGCCUACAUGCCUCAAGUGGCCUCCACUCAGCCUCCAGCAGAUCCCAAUGCGUCUCAAGGAUCUUUAGCGUCCACGAGUACACCUUCCUCCUCUGUUGGCUACGUCAACUCUGCUCCGGCUCAAAAAUCGUCUGCGUCGGACCAUUCCGAGUCCUACAUUAAAAAGAGUUCCGAGUCGAACUGA